UUUCAGUCUGUUUAUAUUAAAAAAAACAACUAAAAGCUCUGUAUUUACUUGUUUGUUUGCUGUAGAGUAAGCCAUAAGGGUCAGGAUUUUAGGGUUAUGACUGCACUGUUCAACCCAAAUACAGUUCACUAAGAUUCAUGUCACAUGUCUCAUCUAAGACACACUUCUAAGUUUGUACUGGUUACUUCUUAAUCAAAGUCUUGCAAAACACUCUGUAGAAAGAGCAAACAUCAGUGAUACAAAAAAAAGGAGGAAGAGAUGACUAGAGAUACCACCUGUAACAGUCAAACUUCUCAUUCUCUCAUUUCACCGCAGACAUGACUUCUUCGCUUCUACCUUACCUACUUCUGUCUGGGCUCAUAGGUAAGUUCAAGCUGUGGGUAAUGAGAAUACUGUGUGCAUAAAUGACAGAGAAUACUGGUAUUUAAUAUGAUCAGAGUGUAAAAAGUGUAAAAUUAUUUAGUACCAAGUCGUGAUACUGCAGCAGAUGCUUGCUUGAAACAAUCUGCAGAUGAUGGCUGCACACAGUGAUUUUGAGGGAACCUUUAACUAACAAGAAUGUGCUGUUUUCUUAGGAUUUCACUGUGAAAUUAUCACAGUGGAUAAGGUGUCAGUCAAGGCUGGAGGCUCUAUCUCCAUUCCAUGUCUCUAUGAGCUGCGCUACAGAGACAAGGUGAAAUACUUGUGUAAAGGCUCAAGCUGGGGGAAAUGCACCUAUGCUGUUAAAACAGACCAGCCAGACAGUACCAGAAAGUUCUCAAUCUCUGAUGACACAAACAGGGGGAUCUUCACAGUGACUAUUAAUGAUGUGACAUAUGAUGACACAGAUGACACUUGGUACUGGUGUGCAGUGGACCUUCUGAUAAGCGACGACAAGAAACAGUUUGAGCUAUCAGUCACCUCAGGUAAACAUUCAAUUCAAUUAAAUUAAGGUAAAUAUCAUCUGCCCAAUAAUUUCAAGUAGAAAAAGAGAAGACGUUAGUUAUUCACUAACACCAAGGAAGUUACACAGACUGUGCUGUAAUUUCAUGUGUUUUUUUUUUUAAGAUGAGUCAAGUCUUUAUGUGGAUCAACAAGAAGUGGCAGCAUUCGAAAGAGGAAGCGUGACUGUUUCCUGCCACAGUGAAAAUCUGAAUGAAAAAGGAUGGUGCCAGCUGGGCAGCACCUGUGUAACAGACCGCUCUGGAUCAAUUGAUGGGGCAGCAGUGACCAUCAGUGAAGCUGGCCCUGAUGUUUUCAAUGUGACCAUGAGUGGAUUGACAACAGAGAACAGCGGCUGGUAUUGGUGCACCAGAGGAGGCUUUCAGAUGCCAGUGCAUUUAACUGUUCAUGAGUUCAUUUCAUCCACAACAAAAACUACAAUUAAGACCACCACAGCAUGUAAGAUACCAACAGUUGUCUAUGUAUUAUAAUAAAGGGACCUGUGAGUAAACACAAUGAAGGUUAUUCAAACUAAACCUUGAUAUAAAGUGUGAUAUCUGGGACAGAACAGUCAUUUAAGUAACAAUAAAAACAUUUACUUUGUAAAACAACCUACAUUUACAAUUAAGAUGAAUUGUUCAAACCUUACAGGGACGCUCUCAAAAACUACCCAGUUGUCCUUGCCUACAGGUGUUGAAUCAAACACAUCUGCACCCACGAACUCCACCGGAAAUCAACUCAGUGAGGACAGCGUGCAAGAUGAGCACAAGAGGUAAGUGCAGUUAUAUUGUCCCUCAUACAUUUCUGGUUUUAAUUUAAAGCUCCUUUGAGGAACACCCAGUUUAGGUCAACUUUGACACCCCCUGUGGAGAAAACACUCUAUGCUUUUCUUGUCCUUCACAAGUAAGAAUAAGAAGAACUUUAUUAAUCUCUGAAGGGAAAUUUAAUUGUCUGUCAUCUCAUUUGUCAUGUCUCUAAAAGUCAUCUUCUAUUUACAGAACAGUUGUAACUUUAGUGUCAACUGGAAGGAAAAUGAGAAAAAUCUCAUCCUGCUGACUUUGACAGUCAAAAUUCUUUACAGUGAAUUUUGUAAACAUGAAUUAUAAAGAUUACAAAGAUGUCAACUACCCCCUCACACCAAUUUGAGAAAUUCAAAAUUACAGUAUAGGAGUUUUAUUUGUCAUUCCAGUCUGCAAGAGAAAAGAACAAAAACUAGAACUGAGGACCAGGUAUCAGCCAUAAGAACAAAUAAGUAAAAACUUAAAGCCUUAAGGAAUCAUAUUAAAAUAAACACUUAUAUUUACAUUAAAAAUACAACAUAUAUUUACAGCAGCCUUAACCUUAAUAACAAAUAAUAUUUACAGUCGACCUAAUCUAAGCAACAGUACACACUGGGGUACAGAGCAGCAGAGUAAUGGAGUGCAAACAGGCUUUUGUGCAAGACAGAGUACAGUAAGGUACAACUGUCAAUCUUGUCACUGAUGGUCACUAAAAAUCCAUCGGUGUGAAUUUCAGUCUGUUUCAUAAACAUAAAAAACCUCCUUACUGGAGCUUUAAAGGGCAGCCCAGUUUGGAUUUGUUUAAGCACAGACUCUCUAUGAAAGAAAUAUGAACUGAGGCAGAAUCUAAUGUGCCUCUGGUUUUUUGUUGUCCUCUAGUUUUACCAAGAUAAUAAUUCUCAUCACCAUUCUCAUCGCACUGCUACUGUUAGUUGCUGGUGUCUUAUUUGGAUGGAGGAUUAAAACACGUGAGUUUGAGGUAAAAUCCAAUCAAACAGACUGGCAAUUUAGAUAUAUGUUUUAAUACCUUCCCAUGUGUUUUAGGCAAGACCAUACCUGAGGUAUCAGACAGUCCUGAGGUAAGAUAGUAUCUCUCAUUUCAAAAAUCAUAACUGUUCAUUGUAUCAUGAGAUUAUUGUUAUGUUACGUGUCUUAUCCACCACAGAGCCCACAGACUGGGAGUGAUCUGGAUGUGCAAUACGCCACAAUCUAUCAUAACAGAUCUCUAGCAGCCCAAACCAAGGUAGACAAAAAAAAAAAUCAUCUUUCUCAACCAAAAAAUGAGAGUGAUGCCUACAUGGAAGCACAUUGUGUUAAUUUUCCUCUGUGUUUCACCAAACAGGACCAUGCACCUGAAGACAGCGUGACAUACAGUAACAUUGUAAUGAAAGAUCGAGUGCAACAGGCAGUAUGUAGUUGAUUUAUACUAAGCAUCUAAAUACUCACGUCAGUAACUUGAAGUGAUUGACACUUGUUGUAUCCUGAAUUUUAAUCCCCUGUGCUUUCUUUUCUUCAUUAGACUGAACCGGCAGAUGUAAGUGUGAUCUACAGCACAGUGCGAGGACAAAAAUAACAACUUGGAGUGAUCAGUGGAAAUAGAGGACAUUUAUCUACACAUAUGGCAGCACUUAUGGAAGCUCUCAGCCUUUAAUUAGGAGCAUUCAAUCUAGCAAUCUGUAUAUCUGUUAGGACAUAAAAGACCCUGUCUCCCUGGUAACUUAUUCUGCAAAUGUGUUCAUACUGAGCCAAAGCAACAGUGAAGACUAAAAGUAGUUUAUACCAGAGCGCACUAAAGUUCAACUCAUGGAGGAAGUGGAUUUGCUAAUAAAACAAUGUGAAGAAGUGAACCAGCCACCGUGUUGGAACCUUGUUAGUAAGGUCAAAGGGAGAAGUUAUGUUCAGUCCAAUCACUAUUACAUGUGUGACUAGAAAAAGAGCCUCUCAGUUUUAUAACUUCUGGUUAUGUCUUGAUUAUUGUUCCUGUUACAACUGAUUUUAUCUGAUAACACUGCUUUGUUCCGAAUGGUGUAAAAUGGUACAUUACAUAUACUAUUCAGAUCCCUCAUAUCAGAUGACAGACUUUAAGUAUCUAAUUUCAGAAGUUUUACCCGCUCAUCAAUUUCUUCUGCCAGUGUUUCGUCAACAUCUAAAGAUAGUCUUGCCAAUCCUUACUGGAGCUUUAUGAAUCUGUUGCUCAGGUCCUGGCGUUAGAGCAGGCCAAUGAGGACAUCAAUGCUGGUGGCCAAAAGCCCUACCUGGCUGCAGAAUUGUAUUAUUAUAUAUAAAGUAGAUAAAACAGACUACAGAAAAUUUUAUCUGACUUUAUUCAAAUACAGCAGCUUUUUGAAAAUGAACCUAUGCCUAAUGCUCAGUUCUGUGACAUUUUUUUAUUAUAUGGCUCAAAAUUAGAGAAGUUGUCAUUGGAGAGAUGGUUCUGGGUGGCUUUAUGAUCUAAAUUGCACGAUGCACAAUAAAACACCUGCAUGUUUGCCUUUCUUUGUAGGUCAUUAUAGUGCAGUCAACUCUUUCUAUACGGCUAUUGACCUCUUAAAACUUCAAGUGCAUGGUAGUUAUGUUUCCUGCGACGCUCGUUGAAGUCGGUCUCUUGAUGUAUUGUUGAUAGUCUAGAAUUGCAGGCCCUGUGACAUUAAAUUCAACAUAAGCAUAACAGAAAGUAAUGUUCUGCAGUUCAGAAGACUAUUUUAAUGUUUAAGUAAGAAAACAGUUCAGACUUAUAUAGAAAAUAAAGCUUAAAGAGCAUGUUUGCAAUCUUAGUUUGAUUUAUAUUCUAGCACAGUAAACCUCAUUGAUUGGAUUACAGAGAGGGAGGACGGACGCUUGUGGUUUCAUUUCCAUAAUGAGUAUAAGGAAGUAGACGCUGAGUUUUACUAUGCACUUGCUCAUUUCAUCCACAGUGCUCCUUCAGCAACAUGGCUUUGCAAAUCAGCUCUUUUCUCAUCCUCACUGGACUGAGCGGAAUCAGCGCUAUAGUUAUUUGUCAGGCUUAUCUCUUAGUGGGAUGUUUUCAGGAAUAAUAAAAGCAGCUAUUCUGGACAUCUAAAAUAAGCAGGUAGUUUAAUGGUAGAUUAUCCUUGUGGAAUAAAAUGUUCUUUCUUGCAGGGAUUGUCAGCAUAAGCAUUCAGGAAAGUAUCAGUGAAGGCUGAAGAUUUGAUAUGGUACAAAAAAAAGGGAAAUAAAACGAAGUGAAUGUCACCCAUCUGCAGCUGCAGAAAAGCUGAAUGAACAUGGCAUUGCCAGUAGUGUCACAUGCACCAAACAAACCGAGUGCAUAUUUUGGUUCUUGUUUCUCUACAUCAUAUCUAUUUUCUUCUAUCCGUUCUUUCACACGCUGCUGAUUAAAAUAGAAAAUCUUGAGACCAGAUGGUGAGCCAUGGGAGACGUAUUUGACAUUGUCUUUGUACAGCCGUGACAAACUUGUGGUAAACAUGUGGUUUGCUUGAACAGCCUGAAGAGGAGGAACUACACAGUUAGGGUUGUUAGGGUCUGUUACAGUUAGGGUCAACUUGUUACGCAAAUAGAAACUUUAAGAUAAUUUGAUUAUGAAAUGAACAUUAUUAACAGACCUAUUAAUCAUAAGUAUUUAAUUAGGUCACAGUCAACAUGCAGUGAAACUCGCCUCGUACCUGCUUCCUUCACCAAAAUACAACCUUAACCUAGAUAUGGAACAUCUUGAUACCUCAGGUGUGAACACUUCGCAGCAGAAAAACAUGGAUGUGCUGAUAUGAAGCUGAAACUUCCUCUUCCUCUACUCUGCUAAUCAUCAUCUUGACAUCAAAUAACCAAUCAUGGUAAAAACUCAAACAAAUAGACAUUCGACACAUCAGUCAGUAUGAUAAGAUUUAAAACUAUCUCAACAAAAAGGAAAUUUUGACAAUUUUUUUGUUUUAGUUUUUUAGACUGACCCACGUUGCAUGUGUAUAACAUAAGUGUAAGACUUUAUGACCUGAACUUCAGUCAGUCAGCAGGGGGAGCUCUAAAGUUUACAGUCUACCACUGGAUGACUGUUCUGUUCUCUCUGGUUUGAUAAGAGCAUCAAAAACUUAUUCUCAGUGAACACCUCUAGGAAUACCAAAUUCUUUCUGG